AUGGGGACGCUCAGCGCGCAAUCCUCUUUCUCGGAAAUCUUUGAUCAAGACACACCAGAGUUCAUCAAGGCUCUCAGCACGACAGUCUUUCCGGGAGAGCUACCGGGACCAGGAGACGUAGAAAAUGACGUCGAGAAGAGGAAACGACAUCAAGAAGAUAUUGAAACGCUGGCAAAGUUAUCCCAAGAUUUCAUGAAGAAGCUGUCGCAGAGCUCAACAGAUCACCAAGAAAACGUUACGUAUCGCGAUCACAAUGAAGGCCGACCAGCAAAGCGCAUGAAGACUCAGGAAGAACGAGAAUUUAUUCAAGGGUCAUCAAGCAAGCCAUUAGGAGGACCAACUCUUUCUGAAGAUGCUCAAGGCCAUGAAGACGAGGAACCCUUCAAGGCAACUCAGCCAACAGUAGAACCAAAGCCACUGCAUUCAACCGAUCCAGUUUCGUUGAGAGAUGCGGCUCUUGUCCCUGGCUACGCUCCGUUCAAGGCCAAUGAACAUGCAGAACGCCUAAUGCAAAAUGAAGAUUUUCGUGCAACGCGUACAUCCGCAGCGGGUGCGGAUUUCAUUGACAGCUUCUACAAGAAUUCAAGACUUCACUAUCUCAGUACAUGGAAAGUGGAAUUACGCGCUUUAGUUGCAGAAGCUCAAGAACGCGCUGACAAGGCAUUUGCACAAGGAGCAGGAGGGGCUGGCGAUGCAGAUGGCGGCGCGGAAAGUAGUAAGGAUGGUCUUGUUAAGGAGGACGGAUUGGUGGGCAAGGUGAAGGCGGAAGACACAAGUACAAGUAUGCGAGGAAACGCGUUUCAACUCCUUCGAUCUCCGAGUAAAAAGAUUAAAGCGAAAGAGCAAGACGCCGUCGGUUCGGAAAAUACCGUCAUAAUGCACUGCGAUUUUGAUUGCUUUUUUGCGUCCGUCGGACUUCUUACGCGACCACAUUUAAAGGACCAACCGGUUGUCGUAUGUCAUUCUCAAGGAGCACGGGGCGGAGAAUCGAGCACAAGCGAGGUUUCCAGUGCGAAUUACAAAGCACGGGAGUCUGGGAUCCGCUCGGGCAUGAGCCUUCAUCAGGCACGUAAACUAUGCCCAUCCGUAGUCACAAUACCGUAUGAAUUUGAGAAGUACAAGAAAGCGUCUCUACAUUUGUAUACCAUCCUUAUGUCCCAUUCGGAUGACCUUCAAGCUGUGAGCGUGGAUGAGGCACUCAUAGACGUUACGACGGCGGUCAAGCAGAUGCCACCGUCCACAAAAAAGCGUUAUGACCCAGCAAAGGAGUUCGCAGAGAUGUUGCGUGCGGAAAUUAAAGCAAGUACAGGAUGCGAUGUGAGCAUAGGCAUUUCGCACAAUAUAAUGCUUGCCCGCCUUGCGACUCGGAAAGCAAAACCAGCAGGCUCGCACCACCUGCGGCUUGAGGACCUUCAAAAGCAUAUUGAGAACACAUGUGUGGACGAGCUUCAUGGAUUUGGACGAGCUGCGCGGGACAAGGCACUUGAGCGUCUUGGCGUGGCAACGCUCGGUGAACUUGCAAAGAAACCACGAAGUGUAUUAUGUGAUGUCUUUGGUAAAACAUUGGGUUCAACAUUGUAUGACGCCUGUCGAGGAAUUGAUCACCGACGUAUUGAGUCUGACAAACCGCGAAAGUCGGUUUCAGCGGAGAUCAAUUAUGGAAUCCGAUUCGAGAAUAAUGAGCAAGCACAGGCAUUUAUGUUUCAACUUGCGGAGGAAGUGGCAAGGCGACUUGAUGCAGUUGACAUGCGUGGACGCUCUUUAACGCUCAAGGUUAUGAAACGCGAUCCCGACGCUCCUGUGGAAGCACCCAAGUUCCUUGGACACGGCUGCUGCAAUAUUUUUAACAAGCAAGCGAGUUUAUCUUCCGAGGAUGGCCGCGCAACCAGCGACGCACUCAUAAUAGGUCAACAAGCAUGGAGGCUUCUCAAAGGUUUUGCAUUCGAUCCACGCGACUUGCGCGGAGUCGGCAUUCAGAUUCAGAAGCUCGAGAAGGCUAGCGAGUCGAAUUCCCAUUCUGGAGAACUCGGACAGGCUAAGCUUUCAUUCAAGAAAGUCUCUAAAGAGCCGAAGGAGAAGAAGGAAGAGAAAGAGGAGAAGAUUCCACCUGUAGUGCUCACAGUACAACCUCCAUCCUCGCAAUCAGCAGACGACGACGAAGUGCAAGAAAUCAAACCCAGCACUCCACCGCCAGCAGACGGCGUCGCAUCAAACCUCGCUCUUCCAUCCUUCUCCCAAGUCGACCGAUCAUCAUUCGAAGCACUUCCAGACUCUCUAAAGAAGGAGAUCAAAACUGAAUACAGUCGACGUUCAGCGUCACCUGCACUCUCCGCUAUAAGUGAUGACCGUACACCAUCACUCUCCCCUCCCAAGAAACGUACAACAAACAAAGGCACGCCACUCUCUCGUAUCACACAAGCACUCGCUCCACGAAGUCGGGAUGGUUCCGCUCGUUCAGGUGCAUCAGCUGGUAUACAGAAACAGAACAUCUUCGAAAGAUGUGGAGAGCAAAAGGAGACGCGUGGAAGUCGUGUAGUCGUCACUCGAGCGGAGCUAGUGAAGCUUGGUAUUGAUCCAAAGGUGUUUUAUGAGCUUCCUUCGGACGUUCAAAUGGAACAGCUUGCGAGUGCGAGAUUCGCGAGGUCGUUUGGCUCUAAGGCGACGAAGAAGUGACCAUCUGUUUUUUAUGUUCUUAUGCCUAAUUUAUUUCGAUGUAUCGUUAGGACAUGUACUGCCCGCUUACUUGUUAUCUCUAGUCUCCUCCAAAUCUGAAUACACGAUUUUUCGUUUACC